GAGGGAGAGAGAAGCGAAGGCCGCGGGUGGUAAGGAGAGGAGAAGAGUCGAGAGAGAAAGAAGCGGGAGUGGGGAAGAGAAAGCGCACCCUUCAAAACCCUAGAAGUUUAUGCGGAGGCGUCGAUCCUCUCGGGUCCGAUCGGUGCUUCUUCCUCUGUUCUGGAGGAAUCGAGCUCCCGAUCGAGGGUUCUUUCGUUUGGUUUCGUGAAGGGAGCGUCUUUUUUGGUUCAGAUCGGCUCCGGAUCGCUGACGCGAGCUUUUCCUCCUUUUUGACGGCGAUCUGGUGCCUUUUCCCGGCGGAUUCUUGGCUUGUGUUUUGGGAGACGGUGCUUAUUUAUGGUCGUUUCGGCGAGAAGGUCGCGGUUUUUGUACUCCGAGACUAGGGAACCACGUGGCGCAGUCGCUGUUGUUAGUGUUUGUUUUCUAAGUUGGGGCUUUCCGGUUCAUGCUUCAGCAGGCCUUUAGGGUUCUUUUGCGGGAAGGUCGUGAUUUUUGUGCUCCUGGACUUACGAAGCACGUGGCGGAGGCUCUGUGGUUGGUGUUUGUUUUGUAGAAGGGUUUUCCGAUUCUGAGUUCGUUUUUAAGGUGGAAAGCUGUGGUUUUUAUCCUCUUCAGAGUAUUUUGACUGAUAUUUAAAAGUGUUUGGCCUCUGUUUGUACUUCGGAGAACAUGCGGCAGAGUCUUCGAUCACUUUCUAUAGCAAAGGAGGUGGGAACAGAGGAGGUAGAAGCUUAGGGGAAGGAUCUUUGUACGCCUCAAGUUUUGUGAGUCUGUUGUUUGGAAGAUCCUUAGUUGGUUCUGCUUUCUCUCCUCCUUUUCGAUUCGAAAUCUUUGCGCUGGAGUGCUCGACGAUUCCUGGGUCAAUGUCUUCAUUAAGCAGGGAACUGGUUUUCCUGAUACUGCAAUUCCUAGAUGAGGAGAAAUUCAAGGAUGCUGUUCAUAAGUUGGAACAGGAGUCGGGUUUUUACUUCAACAUGAAACAUUUUGAGGAUCUGAUUCAGUCGGGGGAAUGGGAUGAAGUUGAGAGAUAUCUUGGUGGUUUCACCAAAGUGGAAGACAAUCGCUACUCCAUGAAAAUCUUCUUUGAGAUUAGAAAACAGAAGUACCUCGAAGCACUUGACAGACAUGAUAGGGCGAAAGCUGUUGAGAUACUUGUAAAGGAUCUAAAAGUUUUUGCUUCUUUCAAUGAGGAGCUCUUCAAGGAGAUCACUGUUUUGCUCACUCUGGAGAAUUUUAGGCAGAAUGAGCAGCUUUCCAAGUACGGGGAUACAAAAUCGGCACGGAGUAUAAUGCUUAUGGAGCUUAAGAAACUUAUUGAAGCUAAUCCUUUGUUUCGUGAUAAGUUAACAUUUCCACCAUUUAAAGCUUCUCGUUUACGAACACUAAUCAACCAAAGUCUUAAUUGGCAGCAUCAGCUUUGCAAGAACCCACGCUCCAACCCUGACAUUAAAACACUCUUUAUUGAUCACUCUUGUGCUGCUUCUGCUAAUGGAGCACGAGCACCUCCACCAACUAAUGGUCCGCUCGUUGGGCAUAUCCCUAAGACUGGGGCAUUCCCUCCAAUGGGCUCUCAUGGUCCUUUCCAGCCAAUUGUUUCUCCACCUCCAAGUGCCAUUGCAGGGUGGAUGACCAAUGCUAGCCCGUCACUACCACAUGCUGCUGUGGCACAUGGCCCCCCAGGUCUGGUGCAGCCUCCAAAUGCAGUUGCUUUUCUAAAUCACCCACGGCUUCCUACAAGUUCUCCUGGUAUUGAUUAUCACACUGCAGAAUCCGAACACCUGAUGAAGAGAAUCCGUAUAGGCCAAGCAGAUGAGGUGUCAUUCUCUGGUGCAACUUAUUCACGCAAUGUUUAUUCGCAAGAUGACAUACCCAAGACUGUGGUACGGACUCUUAAUCAAGGUUCUAAUGUAAUGAGCUUGGAUUUUCACCCGAUGCAUCAUACCAUUCUUCUAGUCGGGACAAAUGUCGGUGAUACUGGCAUAUGGGAAGUUGGAUCUCGAGAAAGGGUCGCACACAAGACGUUCAAGGUGUGGGAUAUUGGAACUUGUUCUUUGUCUUUGCAGGCGGCACUUAUGAAAGAUGCUAUCAUAUCCGUCAAUCGCUGCUUAUGGAGUCCUGAUGGUUCUAUUCUUGGUGUUGCAUUUUCAAAGCAUCUUGUUCAGACAUACACUUUUAGUUUAAAUGGAGAGUUGCGGCAACAGUCGGAGAUUGAUGCUCAUGUAGGAGGGGUUAAUGACAUUGCCUUUUCCCAUCCCUACAAGAGUCUGUCAAUCAUUACUUGUGGUGAUGACAAGACAAUUAAAGUAUGGGAUGUUGCAACACGACAGAGGCAGUAUACGUUUGAGGGCCAUGAAACCCCUGUAUAUUCUGUUUGUCCUCACUACAAAGAGUCUAUCCAGUUCAUCUUCUCAACUGCGAUUGAUGGGAAAAUCAAAGCAUGGCUUUAUGACUGUUUGGGAUCUAGAGUUGACUAUGAUGCUCCCGGACGUUGGUGCACGACAAUGGCAUAUAGUGCAGAUGGAACAAGGCUUUUUUCCUGUGGAACAAGUAAAGACGGUGAUUCACAUUUAGUUGAGUGGAAUGAGACUGAAGGAGCAAUUAAAAGGACAUAUUCUGGCUUUAGAAAACACUCAUUAGGAGUUGUCCAGUUUGACACCACUAGGAACCGCUUGCUGGCUGCCGGAGAUGAAUUCAUGAUUAAGUUUUGGGAUAUGGAUAAUACUAAUAUACUGACUACUUCUGAUGCUGAUGGUGGACUUCCUGCAAGUCCUCGACUGAGAUUUAAUCGUGAGGGCUCAUUACUUGCAGUUACGACAAGCGACAAUGGAAUCAAAAUCUUGGCAAAUGCUGAUGGACAGCGGCUUGUAAGAAUGCUUGAGAGCAGGGCAUUUGAGGGUUCACGUGGCCCUUUUCAACUAACUAAUGCAAAUGUAAAGGCCCCAGUUGUCAGUUCGCUAGGAGCAGUUUCUAAUGUUUCUAGCCCCGUUGCAGCCACUCCUGAGCGUCCAGAUCGAGUCUUACCUGCAGUGUCAAUGACGAGCUUGGCUGUUAUGGAUAGUAAUAGGGCUGCAGAUGUUAAGCCAAGGAUUUCAGAAGACACUGAGAAGAUUAAGAGCUGGAAGUUAGCCGACGUUGUUGACUCUACUCAUAUCAAAGCCUUGCAUUUGCCUGAUUCCACCUCAACAAAGAGCAAGGUCAUGCGGUUGUUAUACACAAACUCUGGGCUAUCGGUAUUAGCUCUUGGUUCCAAUGCCGUACAUAAGCUAUGGAAAUGGACUCGUAAUGAUCGAAAUCCUUCUGGCAAGUCAACUGCUUCUGUCGCACCUCAGUUGUGGCAACCUUCAAACAGUAUUUUUAUGACUAAUGAAACCAGUGACAACAAUCCAGAAGAAGCAACUGCAUGUAUUGCUUUGUCAAAGAAUGACUCUUAUGUGAUGUCUGCAUCUGGUGGAAAGGUUUCGUUAUUCAAUAUGAUGACUUUUAAGGUUAUGACGACCUUCAUGCCACCCCCACCUGCAGCCACUUUUUUGGCAUUCCAUCCUCAAGAUAAUAACAUAAUUGCAAUUGGGAUGGAAGAUUCCACUAUUCAGAUAUAUAAUGUCCGGGUUGAUGAGGUCAAAACGAAGCUGAAGGGUCACCAGAAAAAGAUUACUGGUCUUGCAUUUUCCCAGUCACUAAAUGUUCUUGUAUCUUCUGGAGCUGAUGCUCAGCUUUGUGUUUGGAGCAUAGAUGGAUGGGAGAAGAAGAAGUCACGAUUUAUCCAAGUGCCUGCUGGCCAUGCAUCCCCAUUAGUUGGGGAUACCAAAGUCCAGUUUCACAAUGAUCAGGCACAUCUCUUGGUUGUCCAUCAAAGCCAAAUAACGAUCUAUGAUAGUAAACUUGAGUGUUUGUGUUCGUGGUCUCCUAGAGAUGCUCUCCCAGCACCAAUUUCAAGUGCAAUAUACUCUUGCGAUGGUGUGCUGGUAUAUUCUGCAUUUUGUGAUGGUGCUAUUGGGGUUUUUGAAGCGGAUAGCCUGAGGCUCCGUUGCCGGAUUGCACCCUCUGCCUACAUAUCUCCACCCGUUUCUAGCCCCCCUGGUGCUGCCUAUCCUAUGGUGAUUGCUGCUCACCCAUCGGAGCCCUAUCAGAUCGCGCUGGGGAUGAGUGACGGUGCCGUCCAUGUGGUGGAGCCACCUGAUGCCGAUCCGAACUGGGGGUCAGCACCUCCCCAGGACAACAAUGGAGCUCUGCCAACCAUCUCCCCCAAUCCUGCUUUAAACAGUAAUCAGGUAUCAGAACCCCCUUCUAGGUGACUCAACCUUUGGCUUAGUAUCAUAUUUGUAUGUGCCCAAAGGGCUUAUAAGGAAAAUGGAACAUUACAUUCCAUACCAACCAGCCUUUAGUAGCAGCUUAUCUCUCCUUUCUGUUUCUGCUAACCUACUGUCUCUUUUGUAAAGCUUCUCACUCACACUCUUUCUUGGUACUUGGAAAUAUUUAGAUGACUACUAUGGAUCUCUUCUUUGUAACGCUUCUCACUCA